UACGAAAAAAACCUAAUUAAGAUGACUAAUUUGCGAACUUUUUUAUAUGCCUACUUAAAAUUAGGCUCCCCGCUUUCAUUUUAUGUGUGUUUUGUCCUGGAGAAACGUAUGUGUAAAAAGUUGAAUUUUUUUUUCAAUAGAUCGAAGAUUGUCCUUCUCGCACACUAUUGCUCUCCUUGUCUAGCGUCAUUAGACAAGGAGAGCACUAGUGUGCAACAAGGACAGACAUAAAUGCGCGAUAGAUAAGGAGAGCGAUAGCGUACGACAGACAUAUGUGCGCGGUAGACAAGGAGAGCAACACUGUGCGACAAGGACAGACAUAUAUUCACGUUAGACAAGGAGAGCAACAGUGUGCGAUAAGGAUGCUGGAAAAAUAUAUCAUGGUUUAUAUAUCACUCGCUAUAAUCGUUUGUUGGAAAAAUAAUUUCACAUGCAUAGUAAAGCAAAAAAAAAAUUACACAUUUUUGCUUGUUUAAAAAAGAAUAAUGUUGAAAAUUUAAUUUGUUUAAUAAUAUCAACUAAUUAUAAAAUAAUGUGAUAAUGCCAAAUAUCAAAUGAGAUAAUAAAUAAAAAUCUUAACAUUUUGUACACUAAUUUACAAAUUCAACUAAGUAUUAUAUAUUUAAUUUAUAAAUAAAAUAUUACUACUAUUGUAACCGCAGUAACUUAGUAAAGUUGCAAUUUAAUGCAUGUGUAGUAUGAAAGGAAUGCAAUUGUACAUUAUUAAUUAAUUUUAUUAAAACAUUUUUAACAAUGAUAAAAACGUUUAUAUUUUUCGACUUGGAAACAACUGGAUUAAUCACAAAGAGUUACAUGCCAAAAAUCACAGAAAUGUCAUUAAUUGCAGUAUCAAGAACUGCUAUAUCUAAUACUAAAGAUAAUUUACCAAGAGUUACACAAAAACUUAUUUUGCCAAUACAUCCAAAUGAACCUGUUACAAAGGAAAUCCAAACAUUAACAGGUUUAUCCAAUGAAAAUCUAAAAGAAGUUCAAUUUUUUAAUUGCGAAGUGUAUAAUUUAAUAGUGAAUUUUAUAAAUCGACAAACAGGACCAUCUUGCUUUGUAGCUUACAAUGGAAAUAAUUACGACUAUCCAAUCUUUUUAUCAGAGCUUAAAAAUAUUGAGAAGAAUUUCAGUGAAGAAGUUUUAAGUAUUGAUAUGCUAAAAUUAGUAAAGGAUUUUUACUCACGUAAACAAAGUUCAACGAAAGGAAUGAACACUAUACAGACUAUUACUACUAAUCCUUCUUCUAACGAAGUUAGUAUUUUAUUAAAUGAUGGUUAUGAUAAGAUUUUAUCAGAUGCAUUAGAUUCUAUUAUGAAUACAAAUUUUAAUGAUUAUAACAAAAAUAAUACUUCUCCUAAAACUGAAAAAACUAUAAUUUAUUCUGAUAGUUUACUUAAUACUCCACAAACUUCUAACUAUAAAAAGAUGCAGGAAAUUAAUGAAAAAACUCCUAAAAAUCAAAUUAUAAAAUUGGAACAUUCUGAUAAAAAUUUUCAGAAUAAAAAAGGAUAUACUGUAAGAAGAAAAUUAGAUUUUCCAAGUAGUCAGCCAAUUAAUUUUAAAUUGGGUAGUAUUUAUGAACAUAUUUUUGGUAAAACCCUUGAAGGUGCACAUAGUGCAGAAAAUGAUUGUCUUACUAUGAUUCGUUGUGCUAUCAAAUUAGGAAAUUUCUUUCUGGAAUGGACAGACUGCAAUGCAAUACCUUUGAUUAAUCAUACUACUAAAAAAAAAGAAGGAAAUAUAUGAGAAUAUAUUAAAUAUAAUAUAUUUUACGCUUUUAAAAGUA